AUGAAGCAGUCUAUUUUCACUUCCCUCGUCGCUCUGGCGGCUUCUGCCUCUGGCGUCUACGCCAGCGAGAGCCUGAUCAGUGUUCCCGUUGGCCUCUGCGCCGCCAUCCUUGGUGAUGCCAAGUGCAAGCAGCAGAGCACCACAAACGGUCUGAUCAACGUCCCAGUCAAUGCCUGCCUUGCUGCCCUUGGAAAGGCCAAGUGUGACCAGGCCUCUACCUCCAGCAGCGAUGGUGGUUCCCUGAUCAACGUUCCCAUCAACAUCUGCCUGGCUGUCCUUGGUGAGGCUCACUGCAACCAGCACUCCGACACUGGCAGCGGUCUGAUCAACAUCCCGAUCAACGUGUGCCUUGCUGUCCUGGGAGAGGUCGAUUGCCAGGACUGCUCCACCUCGACCCUCACCGUUGUCGAGUCCUCUACUAUCUCCUCCAGCGUCCCAACCGGCUCUGUCACCACCACUGCCGUCGGUACCUCUCCUUCUGUUUCCGGUUCUUCCUCUUCUUCCCCCGCUGUCUCUGGUGUUACCGGUCCUAGCUCUGGACCCUCUGGUGUCUCUGCCGGCCCAUCUUCCUCCGUUGGACGCCCCACCGCUUCGCGCCCUGCCACUGUCACCGUGACUGUUCAAAGCACCACCACCAUCUGCCCUUCUGGUUCCGCCGGUGCCCCCGGUGGCAAGGCCUCCUCCAUCCGCUAUGUGCCUUCCCCUGUUCCCACUGGUGCUUCUGGCGCCGGCUCCGGCUCUAGUGGAAGCGCUAGCACCCCUUCUGCCAGUCCUGUGUUCAACGCGGCCGGCCGUGCUACCCUGUCUGGGGUUGCUGUUGUCUUCGGCGCUCUCUGCGCCGUUGCCAUGCAGAUCUAA